AUAUAAACGCAAAAACAAUGCGUCUAGGUUUACUGUUAUAAUAACGUAUACACGCAGUGUUGUGUGUUUAGUUGUUUUAAACAAUAUAUUUAUUAAAUAGUGGGUAAUUUCGUUCAGCUACAACAUAAAACAUUGCCUUUAUGGCGUCGUGGUUAUUAUUGGCUGCAUAUAUUUAGGUAGGUAAAGUACUUUUAAGUGAUUCGCGAAGGGAAAAGUUUUCAUUAUUUUGCAGUAAUGAGCAAUCUAAAAAUAACACCAUGAUUUUAUCUCCCAUUUAAAUGUUACUUGAGAAAGGCGGCUUAUUCAAUCCUACUACAUUAUUUUCUGAUUAUUUAGAAAAUGAAUGGCCAACCUGAAAUUGAAGUUGAUUAUAAGAAGAAAUAUAAAAAUCAGAAGCGAAAACUGAAAUUUUUAGUCUAUGAACAGGAAUGCUUUCAAGAAGAACUACGCCGAGCGCAGAGAAAAUUACUGAAAGUUUCUCGAGAUAAAAGUUUUUUAUUAGAUAGACUUUUGCAGUAUGAGAAUGUGGAUGAUGAUUCAUCAGAUUCAGAAGCCACAGCAUCCUCAGAUAACAGUGAUGGAGAAGGUCAAAGAGCUACUGAAAAUCCUGGGGUAAAGAAAAGGAGAAGCAGCCCUCAUCUUUCGAGCGUUCCUCCACAUUCUGACACAAUAUCUUUGCUACCUUCUGCUGGGUACAAUGCUCUACAGAGUGGGACAAGUGGAUCUUACCUCAGCACACUGCACUUCCCUCCUGAAUAUCUAGCACCUCCUGCUGACAAAGACAGGAAGGAGAAAAAAAAUAAGACCAACAAACACAAGAAACCACAGCUGGCAAAGGUUGUCCCUACUCCACCGACUUCAGCUGCAGUUUCUUUUCCUGUGGCAGCUCCUCCAAUGCCACCACGUCCUUUCACUUCUGUACCACGGCAAAUGCUGAGUGGAGAUGCACCUGAGGAAGAGAGUGAUGGUGAAAGUGAUCGAGAGGAAGAGAGAGGAGAGGGAGAGGAAGCUGAAUUGGUCAUUGACAUUCCCAAUGAAUAAUUAUUUAUUGCAUGCUGAAUUACAACCAUUUUGAACAAUCUGUAGCAAUAUAAACGUCUUCUGUGAUCUGAAGGUGUUUUGAAAAAAUAUUUGUUUUCUAUAAAGCAUUUUGAUUCACUAUGAGUUGUAAUACAGGAGUCGUUUGUGAAAUCAUUGGCUUGUCAAAACAUCCAUAGUUUUGAGGUUUUUUUUUGUCAUACUGCACAUGGUUUUGUAAACUUUAAAAUAUGUUCAGUGUAGUUGAUGUUUGUUUUGUUCUUUUAAUUUAGAUCAAAUUACAGUACACUUUUGCGUGCUUUAGAAUCAAUGUAAUUUUCAAACAUAAACAGUAGGAGGAGCUUUGCAGACAUGUGCAGCAUUUCCUGUAAGUAAAUUAAGUCUCCUGGAAAGGAAGAAGGCAAAGGAAUUAAAAAAAAAAAAAAAAAGUUAAGUACAUCACUUCCAGGUAUUUAAAUAGGUAUUAUGAUAGUUUCAUGCCUUUUAAGGAAAUGAAUGAGCAAGGGCAA